CCCAGAUGGCCUGUGGGCAUCACCGUGUCCCUAGUUCUAGCCCCAGCCCCGGCGGACAGCCCAAGCCUAGAGGCUAGUGGAAGGUGGACGGUCAGCUCCAAAGGAGCUUUAAAAGCCCCUCGGAGGGCCGCACUAGCCUCUUCUUCAAAGUCAGUCCGUUUUCCUUCGGUACGGGUGCCCCGGGACCCCGGGGGCUGCUGAGCUGGGGGCACGCACUAGCUGCGAGGAUCCGGGCUGCCCGCAGGAGGAGGAGCGGGCGCCCAGGAUGGGGUGCGUGAAGUCCAAGUUCCUCCGAGACAGAGGCAAGAACUCAAAAGCUGAGCCCAAUGCCAACCCACACAGCCCCGUGUACGUGCCGGAUCCCACAUCCUCGGGCAAGCGGCGACCUGACACCAGCAAUGGCAACCCCCCAGGGUCCAUGGAGGCAGGUUCUGAGGACAUCGUGAUUGCCCUGUAUGAUUACGAGGCCAUUCACCGUGAAGACCUAAGUUUCCAGAAGGGAGACCGGAUGGUGGUCCUGGAGGAGUCUGGGGAGUGGUGGAAAGCUCGGUCCCUGGCCACUCAGAAAGAGGGCUACAUCCCAAGCAACUACGUCGCCCGCGUUGACUCUCUGGAGACAGAGGAGUGGUUCUUCAAAGGCAUCAGUCGGAAGGAUGCAGAGCGCCAACUCCUGGCCCCUGGCAACGUGUUGGGCUCCUUCAUGAUCCGGGACAGCGAGACCACCAAAGGGAGCUACUCUUUGUCUGUGCGGGACUACGACCCCCAGCACAGGGAUGCAGUGAAACAUUAUAAGAUCCGGACCCUGGACAACGGGGGCUUCUACAUCUCCCCACGAAGCACCUUCAGCACCCUGCAGGAGCUGGUGGCCCACUACAAGAAAGGGAGCGAUGGACUCUGCCAGAAGCUGACAGUGCCCUGUGUGUCCUCCAAGCCCCAGAAGCCAUGGGAGAAAGAUGCCUGGGAGAUCCCCCGGGAAUCCCUCAAGCUGGAGAAAAAGCUUGGAGCCGGGCAGUUUGGGGAAGUCUGGAUGGCCACCUACAACAAGCACACCAAGGUGGCUGUGAAGACGAUGAAGCCAGGGAGCAUGUCUGUGGAGGCCUUCCUGGCAGAGGCCAACCUGAUGAAAACUCUGCAGCAUGACAAGCUGGUGAAGCUGCAUGCAGUGGUCACAGAGGAGCCCAUCUUCAUCAUCACAGAGUUCAUGGCCAAAGGAAGCCUGCUGGACUUCCUGAAAAGUGAAGAAGGGAGCAAGCAGCCAUUGCCAAAACUCAUUGACUUCUCAGCCCAGAUUGCAGAAGGCAUGGCCUUCAUCGAGCAGAGGAACUACAUUCACCGAGACCUCCGAGCCGCCAACAUCCUGGUCUCUGCGUCCCUGGUGUGUAAGAUUGCUGACUUUGGCCUGGCGAGGAUCAUUGAGGACAACGAGUACACGGCUCGGGAAGGGGCCAAGUUCCCCAUCAAGUGGACAGCUCCUGAAGCCAUCAACUUUGGCUCCUUCACCAUCAAGUCAGAUGUCUGGUCCUUUGGUAUCCUGCUGAUGGAGAUCGUCACCUACGGCCGGAUUCCAUACCCAGGGAUGUCAAACCCUGAGGUGAUCCGGGCACUGGAGCGCGGAUACAGGAUGCCCCGGCCAGAGCACUGCCCCGAGGAGCUCUAUAACAUCAUGACUCGCUGCUGGAAGAACCGCCCUGAGGAGCGGCCCACCUUCGAAUAUAUCCAGAGUGUGCUGGAUGACUUCUAUACGGCCACCGAGAGCCAAUACCAACAGCAGCCAUGAUGGGUGGGACCAAGGCAGGGCCAGGCACUGAGACAAUGCCCGUGAGAUGUCUCCAGCACCAUCUGCCAGAUGCCCACUCACCCUUCCCACUCCCAGACACCUACCCUCGUACAGCGACAGCUCCUCAUCUGUCAAGUAGGUGGGUUGGACUGGACAAUCUCUUUUUGACUCUAGCAAACGAUAAUCUGCCAUUAUCAGGAGACCCCACAUUGAUAUUUUUAUUGCCUGGGACAUUUGGAUUCCAGCUACAGCUGUGAUUUGAAUGGGAAACUUUUUAAAAAUAAUGAAAUACAUAUUUAAAUAAAAGAUACAAAUGCUAAGGUUUUACUGACAGGUCAGCUUUUCUUCCAGUUCCUGAAUAUCUAUUUGCCUUUUUGCUGGACAAGUCAGAAAUGGGGAAGGCACCGCCCUGGGACUAGCAGGGCAAAGAGAAGUGGAGUUUGACGUUCAAACUGCCCUAAAUAGUUGCUGACUGUUAGUUUUCUGUUGCUGCUGCAACAAAUUACCACAAACUUGGUGGCUUAAAACAAUACAAAUUUAUUAUUUCACAGUUCCAAAGAUCAGGAGUCUGAAAUGGGUGGGCAGGGUUACGUGCCUUUUGCAGGCACUUGGGGAGAAUCACUUCCUUGCCUGUUCCAGCUUCCAGAGACUACCACAUGGUUCCUUUCCAUUCAUCAUUCCAAACUCUGCUUCAGUCAUCACAUCUCUGAGUCUCCCGCCUCCCUCUUUCACUUAUAAAGGGCCCCUGUAAUUACAUUGGGCCCACUUGAAUAAUCCAGACUAAUCUUCCAUUUUAAGAUCCUUAUCACAACUGUAAAGUCCCUUUUGCCAUGUAAGGUAAUAUCUCCACAAGUUCUGGGGAUUAGGAUACAGACCUUUCUUUGGUGGUGGGAAGGGGGCAUUAUGCUGCUUAUCAUGCUGGUGCUGCAGGGACUCUGGGUGGGUUUCUGUCUCCAAGGAGCUGGGUCUGCCAGGAUGACAGAAAUGACUUUUCGACUUCCGGUCAAGAUGGCAGCGUAGGUAAACGCGGUAUCGCAUCCUCCCACAACCACAUCAAAGUUACAACUAAACUAGAGAACAAC